GUUUUUAUUUAGUAAAGCGUGUGGAACGACGUCGUAAUGGAGUAGCUUAGCUUUGAACAGAAAGAUCCAGAACGGGAGAGAGGUCCAAGUAAACAUCAGAGAGUAAAGAAAGAGAGUGAGAGAUUGAGAAAGCGAUGAGCGGAAUAACAUCGGCAUCGUUCUUAGCUCGACGUGCGGCGCAGAGGGAGAGGGUUCGGAUCCUCUACAGGCGCGCUCUCCGAGACACUCUUAAUUGGGCCGUACAUCGUCAUCUCUUCUAUCCUGAUGCGGAUGCCCUAAGAGAGAGAUUUGAGGCCAACAGAAAAGUGGAAGAUAUUGAAACUAUUGAUAGACUUAUAGCUGAUGGUGAAGCAUCCUAUAAUAAGUGGCGCCACCCUGAUCCUUACAUUGUUCCAUGGGCACCUGGUGGUUCCAAGUUCAACAGAAAUCCAGUGCCGCCAGAAGGGAUUGAGAUAGUGUAUGACUACGGCAAGGAAGAGGCUGAACUAGUAUGAUAUUCUCCCAUGAAAUGAAUAAAAGAUUCUGAAAGUGCAGCGUGCAAGGAGAGUCGCAUCCAGUCUUAUCUUCUUCUUUUUUUAAAGUGAUUCCAUCUGCUUCACUAACUUUGAACUAUGAGACGUUACAUAUGUCUUCCGUUUCCAUGUUUAGAGAAAUGGGAGUACUUAUGGUCUCGUAAAUUUGAUCGUUUAGUAGGUGUGAGCUACAGACUAAGAAUUGCAAAAAUAAACGUCAGAUUUUGUUUUGAAAUAGAUAAAUGAGAUGAUUUGUUUGGAUUGCAA